UGAAGGGCUGACAAAACUCGACCUGACCGUAAAUUUCAUUGGAGAGCUGAGCAGCAUUAAAACCCUUCAGCACAAUAUCCACCUGAAGGAGCUCUUUCUGAUGGGUAACCCGUGUGCUGACUUUGAUGGUUACAGGCAGUUCGUGGUGGCAACUCUUCAACAAUUAAAGUGGCUGGACGGUAAGGAAAUAGAGCGAUCAGAAAGGAUCCAGGCAUUGCAGAACUUUCCAGUAAUUGAACAACAAAUCAGAGAGCAAGAGAAAGCUUACUGCCUCAAACGAGCCAAAGACAAGGAAGAGGCUCAGAGGAACCUGCGAGAAGAGGAGGAAAAUGAAGCCAAGGGGAGAAGUCACCCAGGCUUUGAGGGACAGAGCCCAUUUUCAGUAGAGAGCAAAGACCACAUCCAGGCACCAGAAGGACAAGAAGGAGAAUGCAACCAAAAGAAGUUCAAGGACAGCGAAGAUGACCUGGAAUUCUGGAACAAGCCCUCUUUGUUUACUCCUGAAUCUCGAUUGGAAACACUUAGGCAUAUGGAAAAACAACGGAAAGACCAAGAAAAAUUAAGUGAAAAGAAGAAGAAAGUGAAACCACCCAGGAUUUUGAUCACUAAAGAUGGGAAAGCCUUGAAUGUAAAUGAUCCCAAGUACGUGAGGCCAAAGGGAUACUCGAAGAAGCAGAAU